GCCUCUUCUCACCCUUUCUAUAUUAUAUACUGCGAUACCUGCGCCUUUUCUUUCAUUCUGCUUCUAAAAGUCUUGCUCUUGCUCUAGAGUAUAUUGUCCGUCUGUACUUUGCUAUCGCUUUCAUCUCAUCUCGCCUCGCCCGCUUCCGCGUACCUCACCGCUCCUACCCCUCCUACCUGACUCUCUACAUCAGGAGUAUACUGCCUGAAAGUCUUGCUCCCAGCGGCAAGACUUUCAUCUCAAGUUUUCACAAUUCCCACCGAAAUUCCCGUUCGCGACGCUGCGAAGCUGGGAAAGCGAAGAGCGUCUGCCGACAACAAAGCUCCGCCGGAGAAGAAGAUCAUGACUGACGCCAAGAUGCAAGUGGAUAACCCACAGGAGACUGUGGAGGCGAUCAAGCAGGGAGAAAUCGAUGAGUCGUUGUACAGCCGGCAACUGUAUGUCCUCGGUCAUGAAGCUAUGAAGCGUAUGGGCUCUUCAAACGUGCUUGUCGUCGGAUUAAAGGGUCUGGGUGUCGAAAUUGCCAAGAACAUCGCCCUUGCCGGUGUGAAGUCCCUCACAUUGUACGAUCCUGCUCCUGUCGCCAUCUCCGACCUGUCCUCCCAGUUCUUCCUCCAGCCCCAAGACGUCGGUAAGCCGCGUGCCGAGGUCACAGCUCCCAGAGUUGCAGAGCUCAACUCCUACGUUCCCGUCACGGUCCACGAGGGCAGCAAUAUCGCAGAGAACCUUGAACAGUUAAAGCGUUACCAGGCCAUUGUCCUCACCUUGACUCCUUUGAAGGAGCAGCUCGCGAUUGCCGACUUCUGCCACAAGAACGGCAUCUACCUUACGAUCACGGAUACCUUCGGUCUCUUUGGCUAUCUCUUCAACGACUUUGGAAAGAACUUCACUGUCGGUGAUGCGACAGGUGAGGAGCCCGUCAGUGGCAUUGUAGCGGCUAUCGACGAGAAUGGCUUGGUCUCCGCUCUGGAUGAGACCCGUCACGGCUUGGAGGACGGUGAUUUUGUGACUUUCUCCGAGAUCAAGGGCAUGGAGGGUCUCAACGGUUGCGCUCCUCGCAAAGUUACUGUGAAGGGACCUUACACCUUCUCUAUUGGUGAUGUCUCUGAUCUGGGGACAUACCACAGUGGUGGCAUCUACUCUCAAGUCAAGAUGCCUAAGUUCAUGGACUUUGCUCCUCUUAGCGAACAGAUCAAGAACCCCGAGUUCAUCAUUUCCGACUUUGCAAAGUUUGACCGGCCACAGCAAUUGCAUGUUGGUGUCCAGGCACUUCACAAGUUUGCAGAGAGCCACAAUGGCGAUCUUCCCCGCCCCCACAAUGAUAGCGAUGCCCAGGACGUGUUCAAGAUUGCCAAUGAACUGGCUUCAAGCCUCGAAGAGAAGGUGGAGUUGGAUGAGAAGCUCAUCAAGGAGCUGAGCUACCAAGCCCGCGGUGAUCUGAACCCCCUGGCUGCCCUGUUCGGAGGCAUUGCGGCGCAGGAGGUCUUGAAGGCGGUCUCUGGAAAGUUCAACCCUGUAAAACAGUGGCUUUACUUUGACUCCUUGGAGUCUCUUCCCACAUCCAUCACCCGCUCUGAGGAGGCUUGUAAGCCUCUCGGCACCCGCUACGAUGGUCAAAUUGCAGUCUUCGGCAAGGAGUUCCAGGACAAGAUUGCCAACGUCAAGCAGUUCCUUGUGGGAGCAGGUGCCAUUGGGUGUGAGACGCUGAAGAACUGGGCCAUGAUGGGACUUGGAACUGGUCCUGAGGGAAAGAUCAUUGUGACCGACAUGGAUCAGAUCGAGAAGAGUAACCUCAACAGACAAUUCUUGUUCCGUAGCCGGGAUGUUGGCAAGCUCAAGAGCGAGUGCGCUUCCGCUGCUGUGCAGGCAAUGAACCCUGAGCUAAAUGGUAAGAUUGUCACGCUCCGGGACCGUGUCGGACCCGACACAGAGCACAUCUUCAACGAGGAGUUCUGGGAAGGCUUGGACGGCGUUACGAAUGCCCUCGACAAUGUGGACGCAAGAACCUACGUCGACCGUCGUUGCGUCUUCUUCAGGAAGCCCCUCUUGGAGAGUGGAACUCUCGGUACGAAGGGCAACACUCAGGUUGUCCUGCCUCGCAUCACUGAGUCCUACUCUAGCUCCCAAGACCCGCCGGAGAAGACCUUCCCUAUGUGCACUCUGAAGAGCUUCCCCAACCGGAUCGAGCAUACUAUUGCUUGGGCCCGGGACCUUUUCCAGACAUACUUUGUCGGCCCUCCCGAGGCUGUCAACAUGUAUCUGUCCCAGCCAAACUAUAUCCAGCAGACACUCAAGCAGGCCGGUAAUGAGAAGCAGACGCUGGAGCACCUGCGUGACUUCCUGGUCACCGACAAGCCCCUGACCUUCGAUGACUGUAUCGUUUGGGCCCGUAACCAGUUCGAGGCGCAGUACAACAACGCUAUCCAGCAGCUACUCUACAACUUCCCGCGCGACUCCAAGACAUCCACUGGGCAGCUUUUCUGGUCUGGACCUAAGCGUGCGCCUACUCCGUUGAAGUUUGAUAGCGCAAACCCCACUCAUCUUUCUUUCAUCGUUGCUGGUGCCAAUCUCCACGCUUUUAACUACGGCAUCAAGAACCCUGGCGCCGACAAGGCCUACUACAGGAAGGUCGUUGACAACAUGAUCGUUCCCGAGUUUACCCCCAAGUCCGGCGUCAAGAUUCAAGCGAAUGAGAACGAUCCUGACCCGGACGCUCAGGCCACUGGCUCGUCCUUUGACGACGGCCAGGAAAUCCAGCGCCUCGUGGACUCUCUUCCAUCCCCCAAGGAUCUGGCUGGCUUCCGCUUGAGCCCUGUUGAAUUUGAGAAGGAUGACGACACGAACCACCACAUCGACUUCAUCACCGCCGCCAGCAACCUGCGUGCCGAUAACUACGAUAUCCCCCAGGCUGACCGCCACAAGACUAAGUUCAUUGCUGGCAAGAUCAUUCCUGCCAUUGCUACUACGACGGCGUUGGUGACUGGUUUGGUUGCGUUGGAGCUGUUCAAGAUCAUUGACGGCAAGGACGACAUUGAGCAGUACAAGAACGGAUUCGUGAACCUUGCGCUUCCAUUCCUGGGCUUCAGUGAGCCUAUUGCCAGUCCCAAGGGCAAGUACAUGGGUAAGGAGGGCGAGGUUACAAUCGACCAGAUCUGGGAUCGCUUCGAGGUGGAUGAUAUUCCUCUCCAGGACUUCCUCAAGCACUUCUCCGACAUGGGAUUGGAGAUCAGCAUGGUUAGCUCUGGCAUUAGCCUUCUGUACGCCAGCUUCUAUGGGCCGUCUAAGGUUAAGGACCGUCUUCCUAUGAAGAUGAGCAAGUUGGUGGAGCACAUCAGCAAGAAGCCGGUUCCGGAGCACCAGAAGAACGUUAUCUUCGAGGUGACUGCGGAAGAUCAGACGGAGGAGGAUGUUGAGAUUCCGUAUGUGAUGCAAAGCAUCACGUCAUUGGCUCCCCGCACCCCAUCGGUCAGCCCAUUGCCAUUGUUCCUCAUGUUUCCUGCUCUCCAUCGACUUCGACAAGUCUCGCAACAUAUCUUGCAACCCAAAGCUAUCUCCAGCUUUCCACGUCCAGCUACCUGCAGAAGGUCUUUUUUCCCCGCACAGCCUAUCUUGAAUUCAGCACGCACCAUGGCUACCGGUAACAGUGGCAAGAUCACAGACUGGGUCAAUCCCAAUGAUAAGUCGGGCGAAUUCAAGCGCCAGACGUCAGUCUUCCGCAAUUGGAUCUCCAGAGAGCCUGGCGCUCAAUUUCCUCCCGAGAAGGGCCGUUAUCACCUUUACGUCUCUUACGCCUGUCCUUGGGCCCACCGGACUUUGAUCACACGCAAGCUCAAGGGUCUUGAGGAUAUCAUCUCCUUCACCUCCGUCCACUGGCACCUAGGAGAAAAGGGCUGGCGCUUCGCAACUGCAGAAGAACAACAACCCGAAGAAAAUGUCACCACCGACCCUCUACACGACUACACCCACCUACGCGAAAUCUACUUCUCCAAUGACCCCGACUACACCGGCCGGUUCACCGUCCCCGUCCUAUUCGACAAAAAAACCAACCGCAUCGUAAGCAACGAGAGCGCCGAAAUCAUCCGCAUGCUCUACUACGAAUUCGACGACCUCCUCCCGGAAACUUACAAAUCCAUCGACCUAUUCCCCUCGUCCCUUCGCACGGAGAUCGAUACCUCCAACGAAUGGAUCUACAACGACGUCAACAACGGCGUCUACAAGUCCGGCUUCGCCACCACGCAAGAAGCAUACGAGAAGGCCGUCACGACGCUGUUUUCCUCGCUCGACAAAAUCGAGGCCCAUCUGUCGGAUUCGAAGAACGCGCCGUACUUCUUCGGUUCGGAGAUUACGGAGGCGGAUAUUCGUCUGUUCACGACAAUCAUUCGCUUUGAUCCGGUCUAUGUGCAGCACUUUAAGUGCAAUAUUCGGGAUAUUCGGUCCGGGUACCCGGCUAUUCAUCGCUGGUUGAGGAAGUUGUAUUGGGAUGUGCCGGCUUUUAAGGAGACGACGAACUUUGAGCAUAUCAAGUUCCACUAUACCAAGAGUCAUAAGCAGAUUAAUCAGUUUGCUAUUACGCCGGUUGGGCCGUUGCCGGAUGUUCUGCCCAAGGAUGAGGAGGUUAGGGCUGUUAAGGGUGCUUAA